UUAUGGAUAAUGAAAACAUGCCGAGUGUGCAGGAUUUUUCUCAAUUAGAACGGCAAUUUCGUGAACAGUUUUAUGAGUUACAAAGCAAUACGAUUACCCUGCAGACAACGCAGAAAGAACUAUUGGAAACUCGUCAUGCUUUAUACAGCACGGAAUUGGAGCUGGAGAAAGAGCGUAGAGUUUCUCACGAGUUAAAGAUGCGUCUGAGAGCGGUCACGGAGGUGGCGAACGAAUCGCAGCAACAGCAAACGAAAAAUCAGGUCGAGAGCGUUCAAUUGCGAAUCAAGUAUGACGCGAUGACGAAGCAAUGCGAGUCCCUGAUGAGUCAAGCCGCAGUCGCGAAGACACAUGAAGCUGAGUGUAAAAUAAAAAUUCGAAGCUUAGAAGAGAAGCUACAUCAGAGGGAUACGAGCAACAAAAUAAUGGAGCAAGCUUUAAAGAAGCUUGAAUAUGACAAUUCGCGCAUUAUCGCCGCUAUCGAUCAUAAAAUCGCGAAACUUAAAGAGGAGCAUCGAUACUUGCAGAAAUCCUGCGAAGACACUAUCAUUCUCAACCAACGCUUACAAACUGUGGGUUUGUGUACACAUGCAAUACAUCAAAAGGACAAAGCGAAAAUAAAAGAGUUGGAACAUAUGCUAGCUUCGAUGAUGAUCAGGAACACAGGUUCCACACAAGAAUCCAUAAAUUACGAUGCGCAUUCGAAAAUAGGAAAUCUACAUAAAGAAUAACAGGAUAGGAUUUUAUCAAUAAAUAUAC